UGGGAGGCUCCAGGGCAGGCCGUUUUGCAGAAGGCCAAUCCGCGAGCGGGUCCUGCUCGGCUGGCGGGUCCCUGCGCGACCCCGCCCUCCCGAGACCCGGGCCCGGCUGCCGCCCGCGUCCGGGAAGGGAAAUGCCUUAGCGGACCCAUGGGUGCGGCGGGACUUGGCCGCAGCGGAUGCAGACUGGGCGGGCCUGACGAGAAAGAGAAAGGAUUCGCUCCUGUGAACGCCCCAUCCACAAAGGCUUUCUCUCCCACUCCUCCAGCUCCAGCCUGAACCAUGUUUUUCACUUGUGGCCCAAAUGAGGCCAUGGUGGUCUCGGGUUUCUGCCGAAGCCCCCCAGUCAUGGUGGCUGGAGGACGUGUCUUUGUCCUGCCCUGCAUACAGCAAAUCCAGAGGAUCUCUCUCAACACACUGACCCUCAAUGUCAAGAGUGAAAAGGUUUACACUCGCCAUGGGGUUCCCAUCUCAGUCACUGGCAUUGCCCAGGUGAAAAUCCAGGGACAGAACAAGGAGAUGUUGGCGGCUGCCUGCCAGAUGUUCCUGGGAAAAACAGAGGCUGAGAUUGCUCACAUUGCCCUGGAGACACUGGAGGGUCACCAGAGGGCUAUCAUGGCCCACAUGACUGUGGAGGAGAUCUAUAAGGACAGGCAGAAAUUCUCAGAGCAGGUUUUCAAAGUGGCCUCCUCAGACCUGGUCAACAUGGGCAUAAGCGUGGUUAGCUACACUCUGAAGGACAUUCACGAUGACCAGGACUAUUUACACUCUUUGGGAAAGGCUCGAACAGCUCAAGUCCAAAAAGAUGCUCGGAUUGGAGAAGCAGAGGCCAAGAGAGAUGCUGGGAUCCGGGAAGCUAAAGCCAAGCAGGAAAAGGUGUCUGCUCAGUACCUGAGUGAGAUUGAGAUGGCCAAGGCACAGAGGGACUAUGAGCUGAAGAAAGCCGCCUACGACAUCGAGGUCAACACCCGCCGAGCUCAGGCUGACCUGGCUUAUCAACUUCAGGUGGCCAAGACUAAGCAGCAGAUUGAAGAACAGCGGGUGCAGGUGCAGGUGGUGGAGCGGGCCCAGCAGGUGGCAGUGCAGGAGCAGGAGAUCGCCCGCCGAGAGAAGGAGCUGGAGGCCCGGGUGCGGAAGCCAGCAGAAGCUGAGCGUUACAAGCUGGAGCGCCUAGCAGAGGCAGAGAAGUCCCAGCUGAUUAUGCAGGCAGAGACAGAUGCCGAGUCUGUGCGGAUGCGUGGGGAAGCCGAGGCCUUUGCCAUAGGGGCCCGAGCCCGAGCCGAGGCUGAGCAGAUGGCCAAGAAGGCAGAAGCAUUCCAGCUGUACCAGGAGGCUGCUCAGCUGGAUAUGCUGCUGGAGAAGCUGCCCCAGGUGGCAGAGGAGAUCAGUGGUCCUUUGACCUCGGCCAAAAAGAUCACACUGGUGUCCAGUGGAAGUGGGACCAUGGGGGCAGCCAAAGUGACUGGGGAAGUACUGGAUAUCCUAAGCCGCCUGCCAGAGAGUGUGGAGAGACUCACGGGUGUCAGCAUCUCCCAGGUUAACCACAAGCCUUUGCGAACAGCCUAAGCCUCAGCCCUCACUGAUGCCCAGCCUCAUGACUCCUGUUGCCUGAAUGGUCCCUGUUGCAUGUACCCAAGCUGGCCUCCCUGAGCAUGCCUCCGACAGUGGGGUUCCACUCAUCUCUCCUUGCCAAAUAGCCCGUGCCUUGCCUUGGAGGGGGUUGCUCCCCUCCCCAGCUCUACAUUGCUGUGACUGCCAGUGCCCCAGGGGUUCCAUGUCAGCUUCCUGACACCACUCUACCCCAUCCUGACUUAUUUAACUUCCUAAUUAAAUGGGACUGCCUGAGCCUGUUGUCUAGAAUUCUUUUCUGACCACGACUAAGGGAUGGUCCAGAGGUUGUCAACUUUACUUGCCAAAUAAGUUGUAAGUACUGAUACUUAUGAACAAUGAACUUAAUAAAACCAAUUCAAAAUGAAUGCUA